AUUAAAACGUAUUUGACAAGCUGAUCGCUGAGUGCUGAGUGUUGAGUUACUGAUUGAAUUUGUUAAAUAAAUAACCUAUUUUAAUGAUUUGGUGCUAUUUCGCUGGAAGAUAGUGUGUAAUUUGACGAAAAUUAACAUUAAAAAAAUGAGUUUUCUGUUUGGGAGUCGAUCUAAUAAAACCUUUAAGCCAAAGAAAAAUAUACCUGAAGGAACUCAUCAAUAUGACCUAAUGCGACAUGCAGCCGCUACUUUGGGUUCCGGCAAUCUCCGCCUCGCCGUCAUGCUGCCCGAAGGCGAAGACCUCAAUGAAUGGGUUGCAGUAAACACGGUAGACUUCUUCAACCAGAUCAACAUGUUGUACGGCACAAUCACUGAGUUCUGUACUGAAGAAUCAUGCGCAGUAAUGUCGGCGGGGCCCAAAUAUGAGUACCAUUGGGCUGACGGGCACACAGUCAAGAAGCCUAUAAAGUGUUCUGCUCCCAAGUACAUUGAUUAUCUCAUGACAUGGGCACAAGACCAACUGGACGAUGAAACACUUUUUCCUUCGAAAAUAGGAGUGCCAUUUCCUAAAAACUUCUUAUCAAUGGCGAAAACUAUAUUAAAGAGACUAUUCCGCGUCUACGCCCACAUCUACCACCAACACUUCCCCGAGGUGGUGCAGCUCGGGGAGGAGGCACAUUUAAACACCUCCUUCAAACACUUCAUAUUCUUUGUUCAGGAGUUUAACUUAAUCGAGCGGCGAGAAUUGGCACCGCUGCAGGAGCUCAUUGAGAAGCUGACGGCCAAGGAGGCGCGAUGAGGCCGAACUCCUGACCCUCGCGCCCCCCUCCCAGCCCACGACGACACACUGUCUCUAGCGAAUUCAAUUAUAUAACUUAUUUUAAUGUAUUAUUUUUGCAAAACCGCAAUACGGAUUAAAAGGUGUACUUAAAUGUGAACAUAUCUGUCGAUGUAAUCAGGAUCAGUCUCGAGUGUGCAGCGACUAGCGACUCACUGUAGCGGCUAUCGCUCCCUUAUUACCUAUACUGAUGUUUGAUAUUUUUGUGAAUGAAAUUGUGAUAUGAAGUAUUUGGAGAGUAGUCGACUCUACCUACGAGAGAACCACAAUAAGAGCGACGGAAGUGUGACGUCACACGCGGCUUGUCAGCGAACCGAGCAUUUAGUACGAAAUUAAAGUAAUAUACAAGUGCAGGCGGGCGGGGCCGCUCGUCUGCGGCUAAGUAACACUAUUAUAGAUGAUUUAUACCUUCUUAUGCAAUAAGUAAGACUAGAGACGACCUACGAUAGUAUACAUUUAUAAAAGUGAUCGGCUGUUUAUGUUUUCGUUCCAUGUAAGCGAUAUCCCGACCGGUCGACGGCUAUGUAAUCCAUGAAUUUAUAGCGCGUAUGUCGGCGUUAUAUUUGAAAUGAAAUGUAUAAAAUCGUUAUAUUGUAAUAAAACGUCAUUUUGCCUGAGAAUUACAGCUUCAUAUGAAGUGUUAUAAUUUCCAUACAGGAUUAUUCAUUAAACAAAACUCUUAGAUCUGAUUCUGUUAAAUAUUAUGAGUAGCCAUUGUUCUAAUAUUAUUUAGUUCGAUAUUUUCCUCUUGUAAAAUCUCUGUUGAAGUGCCGGCUGGCCUGUCUUUAUAGCGUAAUAUUAUAUUUAGUCACGACAUUCUCGGAGAAAAUCUAAGAUAAAUAAAACUUAGUUAUCGUCAUCGUCUGGACGGGCAGUGCGUAUUUUUGUAUUUUUGCAAAAAAAUAAUACAAUUGCACAAAUUAAAACACAUGCAAUUGGAAAUAGUUUGAAUAUUGUAAAUUCAUAGAUUACAAAAGUUUUCCCCGUGUCUUGAGUUGAGUUAUACUCGACCUUACGCAGCCGAGCCACUGGCCGGAGUGGUACUCAUCACGUCAUAACUUAGGAUCCUUAUUUAUUGACGGUGGCGCGUGAUCGACCACCGCGUGGUCACUGUAACGCUAUACUUAUGUAUUAGUUGAUUAAGUUGAUAGAUUUAUUUUGCGCAUUUUUUUACAUUCGAUUAUUGUAUCAGAUACCGGCUCACCAUUCGUACGGUAUCUACGCGCGACUGAUAUAAUUGAUUUUAUUUAUAAAAU